CCUGGGGGCUGUAGUGCAUGCGUUCUGACGGGAGGUCGCGUAGCAGCCUCGUCCGAGGUUUUUCCGCUCCACCCACCGGGCUCUUUUCCGCUACCGCCAGGCGGAGGAGGGAGUCGACAGUGCAGCCGGCAGGAUGGCGCGGCAAGGGAGUCGCGGGGGCGCCGAGAGCAAGAAAAUGAGCUCGGAGCUCUUCACGCUGACUUAUGGGGCGCUGGUCACUCAGCUCUGUAAAGACUACGAGAACGACGAAGACGUUAACAAGCAGCUUGAUAAAAUGGGCUACAACAUAGGUGUUCGGCUUAUAGAAGACUUUCUGGCUCGUUCCAAUGUGGGGAGAUGCCACGACUUCCGAGAAACUGCAGAUGUCAUUGCAAAGGUGGCCUUUAAAAUGUACUUGGGCAUUACCCCAAGCAUCACAAAUUGGAGCCCAGCAGGUGACGAGUUCUCCCUCAUCCUUGAAAACAAUCCUCUGGUGGACUUUGUGGAGCUGCCCGAUAACCACUCGUCUCUUAUUUAUUCUAACCUCUUGUGUGGGGUACUGCGGGGAGCCUUGGAAAUGGUUCAGAUGGCUGUGGAUGUCAAAUUUGUCCAAGACACAUUGAAAGGAGAUGGAGUCACAGAAAUCAGGAUGAAAUUUAUUAGGCGAAUUGAAGACAAUCUCCCUGCAGGAGAGGAGUGAGUCAAGUGGCAGCCUCCCUGUUGAACUGGAGAGGAUGAACCAUCCACCUGGGAUUUUUAGGCAUGUCAUGCCUUGUGUUAUGUUCAGAUGCCCGGUUCGGUUCAUUAUGAUGCUGUUCUAGAUUAUUUCCUUAGGAAGCAACUGUUUGACUUGUUCUGUUUUGUUUCCACCAGAUUUGUAUCAAAGGCCUUCAUAGCCUACAGGAUAUUUUUUGUACUCCUCAGAGAAAAUGAGUACCCAUUCGUAGCUUCUGUAUUUUGGUUCCACACCAGUUGACAUCUGUUGAAACCUUGUGAUUUUGACCCUUAGAACUGAAGUCAGAUUCCAGACAAAAAUACUGCUUAUUUUGCAGUAAAAGAGGCUUAUCGGUACAUUUCCCCCCCAUCUUCCUGCCUGUAAGUGUGUGAACAGAACCCGCAUAUGCGUGUGGGAAGGAUGGGCCACUUAUAGAUUGCAAGGAGUGCAGUUCAUAAUUUGAAGUAUGCUGGGUUGCUAGUGGAGCUCAUUCAGUUCUGCUGCUUUAGUUGUGCUGCGUAGGAAGAAAUGAUCUUUUGCUCUAGGUGUAUCCUUUCCGUUUCCAACACCGAGACAAAAUAAGAGGCCUAUAUCCAUGCAAAAGAGUCUUAGUGGCAUUCUUGCUCCAAUGAUUUUUCUGUGGGUGUUCUCCAAUGUUGGACAAAAUGGUGCUUGAACGCUUCUGUCCUCUUUAAUCCCUCUUUUCUAAUUGACCAGAGACCCUCCAGGAGAUUUGUAACAGUAUGUCGUCUUAUUUUGCAGUUUUGCUUUUCAAAUAAUGUUGGAUAAUCAUCUGAGCAGAUAAGUUCAAGAGAGGUUUUUAAAUUUCAGAUCUGUCCUGAUUUGUAUCACUAAUUAACUAAAUACUCAAAUACAAAUUUUCUUCCAGCUGGGCAGGGCUUCUGAAUGGUUGUGUUGGCUUUUCAGUGCUGAGAAGUUUCUCUUGGUGUCUUGCGAGGGGUGGGGUUGGUGGAGGUGGAAUAGCAGUCUGGAGGCCAGGGUUCUCUUCCAAAACACCAUGGAAAGAAGUUCUUGCUCUGACUGAUUCAUGCGAGGCUGUUCUAAUGCUUAUGUGUGGGGUUGGUACUGAGAGCAAUUAAGAUUUGUUUUGGACAGGGAAAGUUAAGGGUUAGCUCCCAUAAGAGAACUUUUUGAUUAAAAUAUGAACAUCCACCAUCCUUGACAAAGCAUAACGUGCCCCAUGAUCCUGUUCCCUAUUUGGAGUCCCAAAAUGUGACCAGCAGAAGCUGACACUUGUACUCUGCAGCACACAGAGUAGAGUAUAAAACUAGAAGAGCAGUUAAUCAGAAAAAACAUGGAGAAUGGAUAGCAAAGUUUACACACAUACCCAUCAGGCAUCUUGCUCUGCAGGCCAUUUGCACUGGCUGGGCAGCAACUCAGUCCCAGUGAAGAUAACCUGGAUUAAUUUGUGCCCUGUGAAAGAAUGAAGCAACCUGUAUAGGAUAUGGGAGAAUGGCACAUAGACUUAUGAUUCAAUGGAAGAGUGAAGUGUUCUCUAAACACCUUGAUAUGCUAUGUUGAUGAUUGUUUCUGGCUUUUUCCCCCCACUAGAAUUUGGCCAUGGAGGAGCAAAUCCUGCUCUUCUGAUGUGGAUUGGCUUUUCUAAUAUUAGUGGUGUGGGUUACUGAAGAGGUGGUCAACAAGGAGGGGUUUUUUAGAUAAAUAUUAACAUUGCACUCAUCCUGUCAUAUUAAAAUCCUGUAUCUGCUCAAUGCAAACCCAACAUUCCUGGUUUCUAAAGGCAUUCCUACAGUGAGAGGAGAGAUCCAGCAUCCCCUAAAUUAACAUCCCAUCCUAAUUCCUUUUGUGAUGCUUUGAAUCUUAUUUGAAAACAGUUGCAUUGAGUCAUACCCUGCAGGUAAAUGGGUGUUGGGUGUAUAUAAACAUUUUUGUUAUGUAAGGGGGUUAUUCAUGCAUUUUCCAUUUGUAAAGCUUUUAAAGGCAACAUUUUAAAAAAAGAUUGCAUUAAAAUAAAUUGGAACUACC